AUGAUACUGACGCGACAUCANGCUUCUGCCGACCGUCGUCCUGUCGACCCACCACCAAUCGUCGAGCUUCGAAUCUAUGAUGGCGAGGAGCACAAGGAAAACGACAUCACCUUUGCCAUGAACGCGAACUACUUUCUCUUUGCAACUCUGGAACAGGCACGUCCUAUUGCCCAGGGCCGUGUCCCUAACAAUGAUCCAGCCCGAUUGACCGUCUUGACUGGUACUCCGGUUGCUGGUAUGGUUUAUCUGGAUCGUCCUGACCAAGCUGGCUACUUCAUCUUCCCUGACCUGUCCGUCCGCCACGAAGGAAAGUAUAGACUGGGAUUCAGCUUGUACGAGGAGUUGAAGGACCCCAAGGAUGCCGACCAGCUGGACGAGGCCGCCGCAGCCGCCGCUGCCCAGGGAGAAACGCAGAUCACCCACCGUCUCGAAGUCAAGUCCCAGCCAUUCACUGUCUACAGUGCCAAGAAGUUCCCUGGACUUGCUUCCAGCACCCAGCUGAGCCGCACUGUGGCCGAUCAAGGAUGCCGUGUUCGUAUCAGACGUGAAGUCCGCAUGCGUAGACGUGAAAAGGGCAAGGACUACGACGGCUACUCUGAUCGCGGUAGACAUUCAGCCACCCCUGAUACCUACCAACCCCAUCUGGCCGGAGCUCAUCCUGGCGCUGAAGCCGCGGAUCGCGAAAGAUCGGCCAGUAUUGCCAGCCACGUAUCUCUUGCAGCUGCUUCCUCAUCUCGCCGUCCGUCCGGACAUGACAUGUUGCAGACAUACCCUCAGGCUUUGUANCCCCCUCAAGCCGUUGCUCAGCACCCUGGAGCACAACCGGCUCCUUCUGCACAGCCCCAGUACUCGCAGGCCCCUGCUCAUCAGUACGCCGCACCCUACGCUCAGCAGCCAGCUCAGAUGCAGCCACCAACCAUGCAGCCUCCUCAACCUCAGAUGCACUAUGGACAGUACCAGUAUCCCCAAGCUGCAGCACCCGCUCCUGCCCACCAGCACGCCGCCUACUACGGAUAUGGUCACCCUGCUCAACAGCAUUCCCAAUACGAGGAGCCAGCUGUUGCAAGAACCAUGAGUGUCGACUAUUCGCACGGAGCUCCUGCUCCUGUCCCCGCCGACCCCCGUCGUCACUCGAUGAUCCAAACAUCUUCUUAUCCUCACAGCAGCCAGCCUCAGGCAUAUUCGUCUCAAUAUCAACAACCCGGCUACACNCCCCAGCAGACGCCCAAGAUGAGACAGAUGAGCCAGGCAUCAGCAGCUGGUGCAUCGGCAAUCGCACCCCAUGUAUUGCCUCCAAUCAACACAUCUCUCGUCCCUCAGACGAAGCUCGAGAUCUCGCCGCCAUCCAGCGCAGUGUCUCAGAACCACUACUAUGACAUGGCUAGAGCCUCUGAGAACGGCCAGAUCAACGGCAAGCGUUCGUAUGACCGUGUGUUUGACACACGUCACUUGAACGGACCCUUGAGACAGGGAGCUAGACCAUCAGUGUCGGGGUACGGUCAUCUGGUUGCUGAUGACGGAAACGACAGCGAGCUUGCAGAAUUGGAGAGCUUAAAGAUGAGCUACAGACGUGCAGAUGGACGCGAGAUUGCUCGCCCUCUGCCCCCAAGCCAUGACUAA